UGAAUAGCGAGUACCACUCAGUAGAAUAAGUCCAGUUCCGAUCAUUACUGGGUAACUAGUAUUAGUAACAAAUAACAAUGCAUAUCUCAUCCAUUUACCUAUUUUGUUUUUCUGUUGUUGUUGUAAGCGCUCGUAAUGCGUUUCUUAUGGAUGAUCGGUUCGUGUGUACCGUUAAGAAGUCGUGUCUAGAGUGCCUGAAGUUACCUCAAUGUUCGUGGUGUCCGACAGAAAACAAAUGCUUUUCGAAAACCUUGACGGAGUCUUUGGAUUAUUGUGCCAAUGAUACUAUACCUCACGUAGAUUAUGGAUUGAGUUUCGAAGAAAACGCUGAGUGUUCGUGCAGCAAGGGUGACGUGGGUCGGAGCUGCUAUCCGCCGGGUACCACCGAAGGGCCAGAGUGCAGUGGCCGAGGUACUUGUGUUUGUGGCCAGUGUGUGUGCAAUCCACAACCUGAUCCUCAAUACCCAACUAAGACGGUGAUGGGAGAAUACUGCGAGUACGACAAUUUCUCGUGUGACGGCCCUAAAUGCAACGAAGGGCCAUAUUCUCUCACCAACCCUGAUGUGGUGGACGACCAAACUAAAACAGCCGCCGUUGAUAUACCAGCCUCGUAACAUAGGGCUGAACUAUUCUCCUAUGAUUUACUUAAAUGAAACAGACUAUAGGUGGUUUUAAUAAACGUAUUAGAAUUACUUAAUAGACGGAAAACGAAUACGGAAAUUAUAAACUUCUCUGUACAUUUUUGUAGUUAAUAAUAUUUCUAAUUCUUGUACUUUAGAUAAUACAAACCGUA